CCUAUUGAAUUAAUGAAUUCAAUGGAAUUUAAUAGAAUUCAAAUUUAAAGUGAAAUCUACUGAUCUUGAAUUGUGUAUUUGAUAGGUGGAAUAUGAAAUCAAUUAAAAUCAGCUUGUCAAUUUCUAUUUGAUUUUGUUGGAAUUCAAUUUCAAUGGAAUUUGAUGUCCUUUUAUAUGAAAAUCAGAGUAAACAAAAUCUUGUUUAUUCUUUGGAUUUUGGAUCUCUUCAAAUACACUUUCUCCUUUUAAAGUUUUCAUACAAUGGCAAGAAAUAUAUGGUUGAUUGAAGUGGGAAUCUCUUAACCUUUUAAAAAAGGAAAUAUAUUCUUGGUGUUUGCGUUUGAUCUUCUUAUUUCAAUAAAUUUAUGGGUUUGAUCGAGGUUGCUAUUGUAUUCCGAUCUCAAACAAACAAUUAUGGAUAAGUAACUGCUUAACAAAGUAAAUUAAAAAUAUCUUUUAUAUAAAAAUCGGUGGUUCUUGUAAACGAAAAUUCCAUUGCAGUUAUAAAAUGAAUUACAACCAAUUUCACAUGCAUUAAUCAUUAAACUCCAUUGAAAUACACUUAAACUCUAAUUACAAUACUUAUUUAAAAUUAUAUAUUCAAUAACACUCAAACUCUAAUUAAUACUGUACUUAAUACUAAUUCCAAUACAACUCUAAUUACAAUACUUAUUUCUAAUUCCAUUACAGUGCUUAAUUCUAAUUCCAUUACAAUACUUGGUCAAUACGAGUAUAUAUGCCUAAUUAUCAUCUAAAAUAUUUGUAAAGUCAAAAUAUUAAAGAUAGCUAUACUUUUAAUUAAUAAAAUAAUAUUAAAAUUUAAUUAAUAUUCAUAUUAUUUGAUUACAUGAUGAAUCAAAUAUAAAUAUAUUGAUAUUUUUACGAUUGCAAAAAUUAUAAGUUAUUCCACAAUCUUGGUUUUUAAUGUUUCAUCACAGUAGUUCCCCAAUCGAAAAUGGGUCAGAUAAACGAUAUAUCAUAUGUUGAUUCUCAUAUGAUUUAGUUCAUCUAAUAAACAACUAUUAUAAAUCAUUUACAUAAAUUAUAUAAAAGUAGAUAUUUCAACUAAACAAAAAGUUGUUAAUUUAACAUUCAGUUGUCAAAAUCUAGUUUCACAUGGUAAUACAGUGUUUUUAUAUUGAUGAUCAAAAGCAUAUUCAGCUCCGUUACCACCAAUUGACGCAGUGAAGCACUGAAAACCGUUGGACUCUCGAAUAUUUUGCUCUUGGACCAAAGCAGCAACUGAUUUAAGUGUCUCCCCGGAACAUGAAUAGGUGUAGAAGAGGACAAAGUGCUUGAAUCACAAUGAAUUACUUCUUUGAGUUUGGCUAAGGACCAGGAAAACUCCAAGAAAAUGUCUUGUGCAUGUUUAUCCGGGGUCCUUAUUGAGGUUCUUAGUGCAUGGGUCCCCACAAAACCUUUAAGGAUCAGUUACAAAAACUACUAAUUAAGAACCAAUUAAUGAGUUUCUUACACUGUUCGCGGGCCCCACUGAUUCGUGACGGCCCGCGAUUGGUUUGCUUUUUAAUUUUUUUUUUUAGACAAAAAAAACCCUAAGAUUUCUUAGGGAUAAACAUGCUCUAAGCCUAUCAUCGUUCUCGGCUGUAAGAGAAAAGGAAAUAUAAAUGCUUUUGGAGUUGUUUUCUAUAUUGGGUGGGAACAGCCAUCAAUAUUUUACUUCUGCCACAUUUGAUCUGAAUCCAAUUGGUACUAAGGUCAAGUCACUUGCCUAUAGAUAUGCCUCUAGAUUCUUAAAGAAACACAACAUCCAAAAGAUGCUAAACUCAAAUCUAGCAAGCACCGAGACUAAAUUAACUUCAAUUUUUUUCGAGACUACUUUUACUUGGAACAUGAACAUCCGAAGUCUAAAAUGAUAUCAAAUUUGAACAAAUGUGAGGUGAAGAAUGGCCUGCAGAUCCCAAGGGCGGUUAGUAAACGAGAAAAAAACUUAGAUCUUCUGUCAUUCAAUCUCAAAUAUCAUUCACUGUGACUUCAAUCAAGUAAUCACAGUUAUGGCGAUCUUAAGGAGCAUUAACAACCAGGAAAAGAAACACAACCGAGAAUUUUCAGUUUUAGUUCGAAUUUUUGUGUCUUAAUUUUUAGUAUCCCGGUUUGGUUUUGUUAUUACAAACGUGUGUAAAUAGAAGAACAGGUUCGAAGAAACCUGAACACACACAAUUGACAAUCUCAUACUCAUUGAACAACGGCUAUUUCUAUUAGACCGAGAAACAAAGUAGAGCUGAUGACUCUUCAUCAUCUAUCCACGCAUCUCAAUGGGGUUCAUUUGAUUCAUCCACAAAGUCCGAGACUUUCAUCAAUAUCUCCAUUCUCUGUGUCGCUCCCUUCGAUUCCACACCGAACCCAGUUCCAAAGUUUGGUUCUUUGUGCAAGGAGGAGGAGGAAGAAAAGAGCCGGGCACGGAAGAAUUGCGAGGCUUAUGUUCAAGUCUCUGUCUUUACUGUCUACUAAUCUCCAGAUUCUACCGCAGCCGUUGGAUCUCGUCAUUGCUGAUUUAGGCGGAGGAAGAGGAGGUGGUGGUGGUGGGUCUUGGAGAGGAUGGGGGAGAUUCGAUGGGUGGAGAAGGAAACCGAACAGAGUACCAAUUUUGAUUCUCGUUUGUGUAAUGCUGUGGAUUUAUGGUUACUGCAAAGUCUCUGGGAAGGUGAUAAAGAGUGAUGAGAUUCUCAAGGUUUUAGGAGCUUGCGUGCUUGGUAUCAGUUUGGUGAAAGAGCUCAAGAGAGAAGCUAGAUCGUUGGUCUUUGUUUUUCUCAGUUUGAUUGCUUCAUUUGUUUUUGGAUUCAAGAAAGAGAGUUUAGUCAAGUUAGCUUCUCAAGUCAGGUCUUGUUCUUCUUCGGUUCUUCUUAGUAAGAGGAGAUCUCGUAGAAGAGUUUAACAUGUGUGUGUUGUUUCUAAUUCAUUCUUUCUCGAGGAUUCUCUUGUUUUCA